AUUAACUCUUGCUGGCUUAUCGCUCCAAUAUAGAACCAUAAUCAUGAUUUACUGUACCAAUAUUGUCUGUUUCCCUCAACUUUUAUAACCACGUCGUCUAGAGUUUGAGAUUCACAGACCGGCAUUGACCUGCUGUCUCUUGAUUAUCGUCACCGUAACUGCUGCUCCUCUAGUCACACGACACCAUUACAGGCAAUGAAAGAGAACCACGCCGCCGAGAAUGCUUUGGGGACCAUUGGUGCGAUCUUGUGGAUGAUUCAAAUCCUUCCACAAAUCAUCAAAUCACAUCGCGAGAAGACGACCAAGGGGUUAUCAGCUUCACUCAUGUUCAUAUGGGCUUUGGCAUCUUUGUUCCUUGGUGCUUACAUCGUGGCUCAGAAACUAUCUAUCCCAUUGCAGAUCCAGCCACAGGCCUUUGGAGUGCUAGCCGCCGUCUCUUGGUGUCAGUGUCUGCAUUAUGACAGAGGCUACUCUCUCAAAUCCGUGUGGGCGAUAUUCUUCGGCUUUUGUUGUAUUUUCGCCGGGUUCGAGACCGGUAGUGUGUAUGCGCUCUGGGCGGGGCAACGAAAUGGAUCAGAGUGGCCAAUCUUGAUGUAUGGAUAUAUCUCUGCCGUCCUUUUGGCUGUUGCGCUACUACCACAAUAUUGGGAGAUCUACAAAUAUCGUGAAGUCAUUGGCAUUUCUGUACUUUUCAUGGUUGUCGAUAUUCUGGGAGGUGUUUUUUCUUUUCUGAGCCUGUUUUUCCGGGAAGACCUUGAUAUCGCUGCUUUCGUGUCUUACGCUCUUGUCGUCAUACUCGACAGCAUUGUAGUUAUUCUCUACUUUAUUCUCAACCCCAUUGCCAAGCGACGCCGUGCUAGGGAAGCUGAGAAGCAGCAAUCAGACAGCGAAGCGGGAAUUGAGGGUGCAUCGACCACUCCCAUGCCAACAGCUCCCACUUUGGUCGGUCAUGGUCUCAUGGUAGACAAGGAGGUCCAAGAUGAUGGUGACAGGGGACGGGAUAUUGCAUGCGUGGAUUCAGAAAAGGAACAACCUAGGUUGGACGAUAAGGAGGAACCGAAGGCUGCCGGAGGUGGAAUUAAAAGUACGCAGACCUAUAACGUGAGGGCAUGAAGAAUGGGAUGGUUAGGAGAGCGUGGUGAAGAGGGAAUGAAAGACACUGCUGUCAUGAAAGAAAAUAGAAGUUUCUCAUCUUGGGCGUUGUACAACUGCAGCUGUAACCAUUUCAAUAGAGCAAAUAGAUUGGUAUGCAGGUAUUACUAA